UAGAGCCCCAUGUUGGUGACGGACUCAACGUGAAAGAAAAUAUGGAGAGAAAACAUGUGUCCGCUCUUGCAAUGUAUCAGACUGCAAUGUCCCAGUCUGCACCCCAAAAUGAGGUCUCACAAGUUAAGAAAAAGAAGAAGAGAAAAGUGCAGAAUGGCCAACCGAUAGUCAUGUCCAAGAAGAUGAAAAAGAAAAAUUCUGCAGUGCGAAACGGGUUGCAAGCAAAGAAGAAAGAAAAGGAGAGGGCCUCGAAUGAAGAGGAACCACAACACAGAGAAAUGUCAGAUAAUGAUGCAGCAUCCCUGCCAAUUCUUCUGGACAGCCUAUCCAAAGUCAACAACAGUAGAGACAGAGCAAACAGUUUAUUUCAGUGGUUUAUCCACCCCGUCCCUCUCAAGACCUUUUUCAGGGACACAUGGGAAAAGAAACCUCUUCUCAUCAAACGACAUCAACCAGAAUACUACAGAGGGCUUUUCUCUACAGCAGAAUUUGACAGAGCUCUAAGAGAGAACAACGUCCAGUUUGGCGUGAAUCUUGACGUCACCAGUUACAUCAAUGGCAAACGAGAGACGUACAAUCCUCCAGGGAGGGCCCUGCCCUACACCGUCUGGAACUUCUAUGAGAGUGGCUGCUCUUUGAGGAUGCUGAACCCACAGGCCUUCUCUUCCACUGUCUGGAACGUGCUGUCCAUCCUGCAGGAGCUCUUUGGCAGCAUGACUGGGGCCAACGUGUAUCUGACGCCUGCGGGCACACAAGGCUUCGCCCCUCACUAUGACGACAUCGAGGCCUUCGUGGUCCAGCUGGAGGGAAAGAAGCACUGGAGGGUCUAUAAUCCUCGGACUGAAGACGAGGUGCUUCCAGUGCUGUCAAGUCCUAACUUCAGCCAGGCGGAGAUCGGUAAGGCGAUCCUGGACGUGGUGCUGGAGGCUGGGGACAUGCUCUACUUCCCCAGGGGCUUCAUCCACCAGGGGGACUGCCUGCCCGACGCACACUCCCUCCACAUCACCAUCUCCUCCUACCAGAAGAACAGCUGGGGAGACCUGCUCACUAAGGUGGUCCCAGCCGCUCUACAGGUUGCUAUGGAGGAGGAUGUGGAGUUUCGCAAAGGCCUUCCCCUGGACUACCUGUCUUACAUGGGGGUGCAGAACUCUGAUAAGGAGGAUCCCCGGCGUGCGGAGUUCCUGAGCCACGUGGGCUCUCUGAUGAAGAAGCUGGUGGCCUACGCUCCUGUGGACGCGGCCGUCGACCAGAAGGCCAGAGACUUCCUGCACGACUGCCUGCCACCUGUACUCACGCCAGCUGAAAAGGCAUCAUGUGUUCAUGGAGCUCCGGCGCGCUGGGAGGAUGGGGAGGCAUUGGGGAUGGCUGUUCACAUGCGGCCUCAGACCAAGAUACGCCUCAUACGCGCAGGGGUAGCAAGGCUCUGUAGUGAUGGAGAGGAGGUGUCUCUGUACCACACGGUGGAGAAUUCUCGUGUUUACCACCAGGAGGAGCUCAAGUCCCUGGAGAUCAGGCCAGAGCACACUGAUGCCAUGGAGUUCCUGCUGCAUUCUUAUCCCAAGUUUGUGACUGUGUCCAGUUUACCGUGUGACACAGCAGAAGAAAAGCUGUCACUGGCAGACCAGCUGUUUGAAAAGGGCCUGAUUCAUACUGCAGAUCCUCUCAAGUCAGAAUGACCUCUUUGAAUGUACUGAAUGCCUAUUGCUCAAUGUUUCCUUUUUCGUCAAUGGAUUAAGUGAUCUAAUCAUAGCUCAGUUUAUCUUCACAUCUGAACUCUUUCUUGGACAGGCAGCAUUUGUGAAGACACUUUUGUACAUGAAUGCCAACAAAAUAAAAAAUAAACUUUGAGUAUUUCAAUUAAUGCA